CCGCAGGAGUCUUGUUUCACAUCCUCUGACUUCCUGCGCAGUUUUCUUCCCUAGGAAAUGUUUGUGUUGACUCGCCCUCCACCUCCUCCUUUGUAACUAAAAUCUGUGCGUUUUCUAUGCAGGAGAAAAGACUGGGGAAUGUUUCUCAGAAACAUCUGUUCCCGUGAACAAAAGGCCGAUGGCAGCACGGCCUGUGUGGAAACAAACUCUUCCUGUUUACCACCCAGAGUUCUUCACUUUUUACGAUGUAACUCCACAUUGACCUAACCGUGCCCUCUUACCCAUUCAAAAGUCCAGUGGCAGAUGUCUAGUUUGAGACUAAACCUCUAGUGAAAGCAGAAGUUACAACAACAAUAGCAUAUCUUUAGAUUCUGUUUACAGUCACCUCCAAGGGUCAGGCCAAUUGGUAUGCCUACUUCCAACUAUACAAUAGAUAAUUAGCAAUUUAUGGUAAUUGUUACAUUUUCUGUCUUGUGUCAACUAUAAAAACUGAAUUAAUGUUGUUUCUUUAAUGCUUAAUAUCCUGCUGAAAUACAUAUUUGAAUGUGAACUAUUUAUUAAUGAUCUUACAUCAAUAUUUAUUUGAGUUUUCCUUCUGUAAAGCUUAAAUGGUGACUUUAUACCAGCAAUACUAGGAUAUUUACCUCUGCUUUCAGAUUGUAAUAUCGCUCCCCAUAUGAAAAUGAGUAAAAAUACUUUUGGAGAGUUAAGCAGAUCAUGUGCAAAUAAAAGGAAUUUCAAUUGAAGGAUUUCAAUUUUCCUUCUUUAACAAGAAAACAUUGCUUUCCCAAGGCUAAGAUUCCUAACAUAUCCUCAGUGACGUCAUUAUCAUUCCAACAUUAAAUAUUCUAGUUAAUGGAUUACAUUUUGCCUUCUCAACUGAAGUUGUGCAGUACACACAUUUUCUUUGCCACCCCUGCUCUUAGAGCAGCAAUUGUUCUCAUUUCUAUGGCGGGUAGGCCGUGGCGAGUCGAUUUGGACAGAAUCCGAAGAUGAUCGGCAAUGAAUUCAAAACGUAAAUUCAACCGUUUCCACAAAGAAAACUUUUCAUUUGUCAUGUUGGAAUUAAUUGUUAACUGGCCUUUCCUGUGCAUCGACCAGUUUCAGGUCACUGGUUUUCUGCCGGUCAGUUGUGAUCGGGCUCUGAAUGUCUGUAAAGCUAUUUUCUUGUUGUUGGUUGUUGCAUUUGGCUACGGUUUCCCCCCCCCCCCCCCAGUCUGUUUAAACAAGUGUCUCACUGAGGAUGACGGGUGUUUGCAGACAUUUCUGUACUGUGGAUGCGUUCCGGUGCGUGUGUGUCUCUGUAUUGAAGACGGGUCGUGUGAGAGCCGGGAGACGCGGUUUAUUUGCCUGUUUUGGCUGGGCCGUGUCUGAUAGAGGAACUGUUUCAUGCCUUACAGGAGCUGUGCGUGUUUAUUUUGGGGGAUGGAUGUUUACAGGUCUUGUACCCCUCCUGGGGUGGUCUGCUUCGAGAAUGUAAUGAAGAAAAAAAGGAGGGCUUUGUCUGUGUAUUUUUCCCCAUUUCUGUCAAUGGAGGAUGCAGUGAGAUGUAUUCAGCCUGCUCUCUCCAGUUGGCACUCCGCGGCGGCAGACAUCCACAGUUUCAUGGUCAGACAAAGAGAUAGACGACUGAAUUAGGAGGAUUUUGUUUCUCUCUACAAUGGUAGUCGUAUUUUUAGUAUCGACACACGGAUAUUAACCAAACUUAUUAAGACAAUCCAAGUCAACACCCAGAGGACAGAACAGGAAACAGGAAACAGAAAACAGAAAACGAGUCCAGGCUCUGAAUCUCAACAGCCUUUAUUCAACAGAAUUGAAGUAAAUCAUGAUGCCUGGAUUUGUUUUAUAGAAAAAUGUCAGACUUCCCCACCUCCUCCACUCCCACCCCAACUCUGGAUCACUGCGACUAUGGCGACUGGUAUCCCUCCUUCUCCAUCAUCCCGUCUGUCUAUGUUCUGGCCUUCUUGGUGGGUUGCCUUGGUAACAGCUUAGUGCUCUCGGUGUACCUGCUUCGACCCAACGGAAUCGGGAUAGGAGACAAACCGCAGUGUUGCUGCUUUUUCAGAGCCAAUCGCCAACAUCUGCCUUCUCCUUGUAAAAACGAACCAUCAGGACGAAGCUACAGAGCUUCCUCUCAUUCCUUCACCUCUUCCUCGUGUCCUCCCUCCAUCCCUCGGCCCUCUCACUCCCUCACAGAUUCUCUGAUAGCCAGUUUGGCGUUAGCUGACCUUUGCUUCCUUGUAACUCUCCCUCUUUGGGCUACCUACACAGCAAUGGGCUAUCACUGGCCUUUUGGGCAACCCCUUUGCCAGAUCAGCAGCUUCCUCACCGCCCUCAACAUGUACGCCAGCGUAUUCAGUCUGAGCACGCUCAGUGUGGAGCGGUACUGGGUCCUGACGGGACGGCGGCACUCCGGCCACCAUCCCUCGCCGAGGUGUCCCAGCAGGACGCUGUGGAUACUCGUAGCGGUGUGGGUGGUAGCAGCGGUCCUGGCUCUUCCUGGUUUGCUGCUGCGCUCUGUCAGGGAAGUGGAACUUGACCCCAAGUCUGAGGAUGACCCCGGAUCUGUAGUCCUUUCCUGCCAGAUGGAUUACUCCAUGCUGGUUGGGGCAGAGCUCGAAGAGGCUGAAAAAGACAGGGCAGAGGUGUGGUGGGCCGCCGUGUUGAGCUUAAAGUCAACCCUAAUUGGCUUCCUGCUACCGCUUGUCAUCAUGCUCGUCUGCUACUGCUCAUUGGCUCAGCUGCUCAGCAAGCACUUUGGACGUGGCCCUCGUCCCGACCGCAGGCGCCAGCGCAGACUCCUCAGGGUCAUUGUCACUUUAGUGACGGCCUUCUUCCUCUGCUGGAUGCCACUCAAUGUCAACAAGACUGUCUCCAUCCUGCUGGAGUUGGGCUUCGUCCCAUAUUCGUGUUCUCUAGACCAGGCUCUGCUGGCCGCUCAUCCGUACGUCACCUGUUUGGCUUACCUCAACUCCUGCCUGAACCCUCUGCUCUACGCCGCAUGUGACCCUUCAUUCAGGGAACGAUGCAGAGCAACUCUGCUCAUGUGUUGCGGGAUGUGCAGAAGAGAAGCAGAGGGAGACGGGAGGAAAGAAGAACGAGAGAAACAGCAGAGGAGCUCAACGGUUCCGGCAGGGACACAAGAGGACGAAGAGGAAGAGGACAGGUUAUGAGAAGGAAAAGGAACAAUAAACUCUUCACGUUCAAUUCAAAAACAGAAUAAAACGGAAUCUAAAAAAAUAAAAGGGAAACUGAACAUUUGUUGCACAUUGUUACGUCUAAAAUUCCCAGCUGCCUGAGCAUUUGCUCUGUCCAGCUAGUGUGAGACGUUUAGAGUUAGCAUCCAGAAAGGGAAAUGUUCAAACAGUAUUUUCCCACGGGGUACAAUGGAGAUGUUUCCCAGAGGAUGUUUCCUAAAUUAUUUGAUGCAAAAAUAAUCUGGGGUCAGAUAAAAGCUUCUCAUGAUAUAUGAUAUGUGAUGCAUUCAGGAUGUACUUUGUGUUUGUUGGUUUGUGUUGCACUUGUUUUUACUGUUUAUUUUCUUUAUGACAACAGUAAAUAAUAAAAGGUCACAUCAUG